AACUCAUCAAUCUUGAAUUGAGAAUUUUCAUAAACGUGUUAGUUUCAUUUUCGGCUUUCUCUCAUUAACAACUGAAAAAAACUCGAGCAAAUAUGUCUAUUGAAUAUUCAUCAAGAGAAUAAAUUUUUGUGAAUCCAUUUGUUUGUGUUGCAAAAAAAAAAAGAAGAGAGAAAAAUUUCCUCAUUUUCCAUCGAAAUCUUGAGGGUUGCAAAUAUAAUUUGUCUAUUUUUAUUCAAUUUGAAGGAAAAGGUAGCGAAAAAAAAAUUAAGGAAACAUUAUGAAAUUUGGAAAUUUGUUCUGUUUGAAUUCGUCUUCAAGGACUUUGGAUAUUCAAGAAAAAGCAAUCAGCGAUAAUGAAUCUAGAAAAAAAAGUGCCUACCUUCGACAAUUUAUUUCGAUUCUUUGUGGCUACGUUCUGAUGAUCGAUGUAGGAGUACAAGUUUCCUGGUCGUCGCCAGCUUUAGACUACUUAAAAGACAAUAGAACAGAAAAUUAUCUAACCAAUGAGGAGGGAGGAUUUUUAACAUCACUUGACGCGAUAGCAUCAAUUAUUGGAUUCCUCACAUAUCCAUUAUUAAUGAAUCGUGUUGGUCGACGAUACACAAUAUUUGUCUACGCCCUAAUACAAUUAUCAGCCUGGAUUGUAUUGAAUUUAGCCAAUUCAUAUCUUCUACUUUGCAUUGGUCGCAUUAUCGUUGGCACUGGUUAUGGCGGAAGUUUUGGUUUUCUCACAAUCUACAUUGGCGAGAUGACCGAGAGAAAUGUUCGUGGAAUGUUCCUUUCUCUCGACAAGAUUUGCGUCAACUUGGGCGGUUUUAUUGUGAAUGCGGCCGGUGUUUUUCUAUCGUAUAGAAAUAUGAAUAUGUGCAUGAGCGUGAUACCGAUAAUUGCACUCGGUCUAUUUCCCCUAAUGUUGGAGACGCCUUAUUUUUAUUUACUGAAGGGCCAAGAGAAGAAGGCGAUUGAAACGCAAAUGUUGCUGUCGGGUGAGAAAUAUCCGCAGAUGGUUAGCGAUGAUAUUGAGCGAAUGAAGAAGACGAUAAAGGAAUGUGAGGAUUCGGAGAAGAAUGUUUUUCAUGAAUUAUUCUCUGAUCGAGGAUCGAGGAGGGGUUUGAUUAUUAAAUUAAUCACUGAAUUCACCUACGCAUUCUCGGGCUUUUUGGCUAUUCAGAGUUAUGUGAGGCAGAUUUUUGAGAAAUCGGGAUCGACAUUGGAGCCUGGAUAUUGCGCGAUGAUUGUCAGUGGUGUUCAGGUGAUUGCUGGUGUGCCAGCUUCGCAAUUGGUGGAUCGCUGGGGUAGACGACCUGUUUAUUUAUUCUCUGGAUUUGCGUCGGCGAUAAAUUUAUCAAUUAUCGGUGGUUAUUUCUUUUUUUACAAUUACAUGCAAUAUGAUAUGUCGUCAGUUUCAUGGAUACCGUUAGUUUGCAUGGUAUUAUUGCAAAUUGUUCUCAAUAUGGGAGUAUCGACAAUGCCCUAUAUUUAUUCGGGAGAAUUAUUUUCGGUUAAAGUGAAGGGACUCGCUUGUAUGCUCUCAUCACUUUGUCAUUCAGUUUUUGGUUUUAUUUGUAAAUUUCUAUUGCCCGUUGUUGUCGAUUCAUUUGGAUUAUAUUCGGCAUUUUGGUUCUUUGCGAUUGUUUGUAUUGUCGGGCCAAUUAUUGUCUUUAAUAUUUCGCCUGAAACUAAAGGGAAACAUCUCGAGGAGGUUUUGGAAUUAUUGAACGAAUCUAAUAAAAAACAUACUGUUAAAGAGAAUUCCGUUAGUAAAUUGUAGAUAGUGGAGAAAUUUUUCUUUUUCAUUUUUAGAAUUGUUAAUAAUUUUUGUAUAUAUUUAGAGUUUCGUCUUUUUUUAGGUAUUAAAUUUGUUUUCGUAUUAAAUUGUUGUAAUUUGUAAAUGUAUUAAAUUCGUUUUUUUAUGUACUAUGUUCGUAUAUUAUAUGUAUUAUAUUCGUUUAUUGUACGUUACGGAAUGAAUGAUAUUGUUUUCAUUCUAUGCUUUUAUUUCUGUGAUAUUAGGGAAUAUUUGCGUCAAUUUAUUUUUAAUGCGAUUAGAGAUAAGAUUAAAGUAUUAAUUAAAUUUAGUGUAACGGAUAUUUUCGAAUUUUUACUUUCAAAGUGAAUAUAAUUCGUUAUGAGAAAAUAAAGAAUUUUUUUAUUAUA